UUGUCGAGUAUGGGAGUAGCUGCAUCCUCAUCUCAGUGCCAAUCAGCUGUCGUGCUGGUGCAGAUUCCAUUGCUCCUGGAGCUGUGAUGUUUAUGUUGACAGUUCCGCAUGUUCUGCGACCACGUGUGUGUCGAGUCCUCGUGCUCCACGCGCCGUUAUCUGUAGUGCACUCUGUACGCGAUGGAAGCCGUGGUGUAUCCCGUGUGUCGGUGCACGCAGUGAUAUAACACUUGUGUCCGUUAAAGACGGUGUGUUGAACACUUGUGUUCGAAUAGAAGCCGUGGAACCACAUUGGAAGCAGAUGAAAAACCUUUCCUGUAUGCAUGUAUCUAUCUGUUUAGGGGAAACCCGACAAAAGGAUUAUACAGGCAACAGCUACACGUGAUUCUUCCUUCCUAGGAACAAGGGCACUUCUUUUGUUGUUAUUUUAUCGGAGAAGCGACCAGUUGAUGCUUACGCUAUAACGCUGGGGCAAGGUUGCGAGUUUAUUAUUUCACUGGACAAUACACCUGUUUCAUCACUAAGUGGACUUUGUUCUCCAGAACGUCUGCAUCGGAUUACUAUUGUUUACCUCCAUCCAAUCAAGACAGGUGUGCUAGGUAGCAUUGGUUCACACGACAGUGACAUCAGGCCGUGGCUUCAUGGCAGGACCAAUCAUGCCCGUGCUGGUCAACUUGACCCUCUUCUCCUCGAUUCCCCGGAUGUCCUUGGGUCAGGCCAGACAGGAGAUACUGAAGGACAUCCUCAACAAUGGAACCUAUGAUCCCAAAAUUGCACCAAACUUCAAUGACAAUUUCCCCACAAGAGUGAUGGUUCAACUGUUUGUGCUCAGUAUAGACUCCGUGGACGAAUCGGCUAUGGGAAGUGAUGGGAAGCCGUGCAUGCGUAAACAACCAGCCGUCACAGCAGGCCAGAACGAAUGGGUUAGCUCAGUUAAUGACCGAUCUUCCUCUAAACGUAAUAUUAGAAACUAUAGAACAAUGCCGUUGCCUGGUAACGGGAAACAGGAGUAUUCAAUGAGCAUCUACUUGCGCCAAAACUGGACGGACGGCAGACUCUUGUGGUCGGACCACACCAAUCUCACCCGGAUAGAAGUGGACACCAAGCUCAUGGACAGGGUCUGGACACCUGAUCUGUAUUUCGUCAACGAAAAGCAGGCAAUUAUGCAUGACGUGACGGUGGCUAACAAACUGCUACAUUUGUAUCCCAACGGAACGGUGCAGUCGAGUAUCAGGAUUUCCAUGACCCUGAGCUGUGAUAUGUACCUACACAAAUACCCACACGACCAGCAGACGUGUUCCGUCAACAUCAGCAGCUACAGCUAUACGGCCGACAACGUGGUGUUCAAGUGGCACUCCACUCCGGUGAUAAUGCGAGAGGGCAUGACACUCCCCAGGUUUGUGGUUCAGUACAAUUCAGCAGGCAGCUGCGAGUUCAAGAAUUCAGCAACCAGCAUGAUUGUAGGUAACUUCUCAUGCAUCACGGCCGAGUUCGAGCUGACGCGGCUCUUCGGGUACUACAUAGCUCAGGUAUACUUGCCAUCCGUGCUCAUCGUCAUGUUGUCGUGGGUGUCGUUCUGGAUUGACAUCGACGCCAUCCCCGCCAGGGUGUCCCUGGGACUGCUAACGGUGCUGACCAUGACGACACAGAGCACCGGCGCCCGCAACUCCCUACCCCGGGUGUCGUACGUGAAGGCGAUAGACGUGUGGAUGGCCAUGUGUCUGGGGUUCGUGUUCGCAGCCCUGUUGGAGUUCGCCUACGUCAACGUUCAGAACAGGGUGGAGAGACGACGUCGUAUGUCGGUGAUGGAAGGGAACGAGGGCAACGGCAAUGUUAAAGAGGAUUCGAAAUUCAAAAAUAAAGAGCUAAGAGGCUGUGAGAACAAGAUAUCCUUCAGCUCCAAUAGACGGAUAGUGUAUUUACAAGACAGGUUGAAGCGUCAGCGUGCAAGAAUGGCGGACAAGAUCUCGAGAGCAAUGUUCCCUAUAAUGUUCUUUGUCUUCAACAUUGUCUACUGGUUGGUGUACUGUCUGUGAUUCUGGCAACGCAGGGAAGUUGUAACGUUGCGACGUCAUCAUAACUGACUAUGAUGGCCUCCGAUUUCGUGACUAGACUUCGCCAAUUUCCGUGGACCCAACCACGCCAUGUACCCAGUCCGGAGUUACACGAGUGGUCUCGGAUACGUCGACAGAUGUUUUCCAAUGCCACAUAUUGAUACAGGAGCAAAUGUCUGAGAAAGAUUAAAACCUGUUGGCACUCCUGUAGCCUUAUUUGACAGGUGUUGAAAAUCUUGGAAUCUUGGCUUUACAUUGAGAUUUUACGAAGCAGUAUUUUAGCCUCAUAUGGCGCUUGGAGACAACGGAGUAUUCUGUGCUUCCAUGGUCUUGCCACGGUCGUUAAGGAAUGCCAAUGGCUGAUAGUAGAGGCUAUGUUCCAGCAUAACGCCUCUGUUGAUAGCGAUUAAGGAACUCGAACGAUGUAUAUAAUACUGAAAUCAUGCCAUUUCGCAUGUCCUAUCGUGUCCCAUGUGCAUUAGCCCCAUGUUGUAUCAGUAAUUGUCAAACACUAGGGAGGACUCUGAAGAUGAAUGCAUCAAGGGGGGACUGACUAUGUGCAUUGGCCCCAUGUUGUAUCAGUAAUUGUCAAACACUAGGGAGGACUCUGAAGAUGAAUGCAUCAAGGGGGGACUGACUAUGUGCAUUGGCCCCAUGUUGUAUCAGUGAUUGUCAAACACUAGGGAGGACUCUGAAGAUGAAUGCAUCAAGAGGGGGAGAGUCGAGAAGAAACAAAAUGGUGUCACGGUGACAAUCACAACCAGCCAAUCCACUCGGAGUGUUGUAGCCCAUGGCGCAACACAGUGAGGGUGCAUCAUGAAUGCUGUGCACGGUCUGUAGGUGUGAGAUUGUAGCACAAUCAUCAAAACACUACUGUGUCUUAACUGUAAUUGUUUAUUGACUCCACGGUUCGUUGUAUAUAGUAUGGUGAACGUGUUUGAAUCGGGUGAGACAUCGUUGCACUUAAACAUAGACAUCGCCCGAUAAUUCCAAGCGCUCAUUAAUCCCAAAACAUUAUCUUGCUAUUUUUAGCGUCACGGGUGUUCUACACAGACAUCCUGCUUGUUAUGACACGGGUACCCUGUGCACAAAGGGAAUCCAUUGUGAUCUUCAGGUCACGUGUUACUUUAGAUCUUCCAACCUUUGGGUGUCGCUCCAUAGUUUCCUCCAAUUAUAAAUCUAGGGACACUUACACACUGUAUAGCUGAUCGGGUUACUUUUGUAAAGGUGCGGACAACCUAACAUAAUUUUGAGGUUGGCUGUGAGGUUCAGACAAAUUGUUAUCGCUGGAUCCCAAUGCCGUAUUACCAGGUCUUAAAGGGGAACUAGACUCUGACAAACUGGCAGUCAUCAGCGGGUUUGAUUCAAGCCUCCCACACAUUGGUUAUCUGCCUGCUAGCUGAAAGUUUACGAUGUUUAUACAGAGCUCCUGAUAACGUUUUGAGCAAUUGAGUUUUUACUCUAGGGUUUCUAUUUUAAUUCUGUUAUUACAUUUGUCAUUGGGUAACCAAUAUUUUUUCACUCAUCAAUACAUCACUCUAUUGGGUUU